AUGCCGCAACACCAACGCGUCCGCUCGCGUACGACCCCGCAACCCGACCUCCCACACCAACCAUCAACCCGCACAACUCGCAGCCAGAGCCGCGACAUCGACAUCCCACACAUCAAGCAUCGCGCACAAUCCACACGAAGAAUUGUUCGUGGCGCCAGCGUCGGGAGCACUAGUAGUGUUGAUUCCAAUACCGGCCGUGCCACUCGUGUAUCCCGUACAGCUGCAGCACGAACCCUUCCUAUUGUCGAAGAGAAUGCGGUUGUGCCGUAUCCAGACCUCCCGGAGCCAGAACCGGAGGCACCUGCUGAUGUUGGCGAGGUAACUCCUCUUCCGCCGCUCGUUGCAUUCGACUAUGUUGCUCACCAAACGCCCGGUGCUCAGUCAAAUUCUUCCGACGCCACCACAAUCUCGACCGCUCAGAGCGUCCAUGACCCUAACGAGCUAGACAACGACGUGAUGAUCGAGUUCCUCGAGGAUCUGUUUACAGACGCAAGCAAGAUCCUGGAAAUCGUUGCUCCGAAAAAUGCUCCUGCUGAGCAGCUGGUAUCUGUUGCUUCAGAAGCUGCCAGUCCAGGCUCAAAAACACGACGGCUCGUGGCGAAGCGUGGCGAACGCUUCAAAGAAGCACGCGAGAACUUCGGAGAUGGGGACUUCAUCAACAUUGAAACCGUGCUGGCGUCACUUGUCAGUGGCGAAUCAUUUUAUGAAACCGGCACAUUCAGUCGACCUAACGCUGUCCUUUACAAGGCAAAUGUAGCUACUUUGGUCAAGCAAGUAGCAACUUUACCGGAAGACAGAAGUGUUAUAUACGAUGGCCUUCUGUCUCUGGACAACACUUUUCCUCGCAACCUGAUGGACCCGGUCGACUAUCAGGAUGCCAAUGCCGAGCCGGCAGGCAACCCGCUCAUCGCGGAAACAGUCAGUCUGGCCUUGGAUAUUCGCACCCAAUUCGCCAUCUCAUUGUUGAUCAAGCACGAAGCGGAGGAAAACUUCAAUCCCGAUGAAUUGAUUCGGUCUGUCUUCUUCACGGUUCCUGAAGACGAUGAAGACGGUGCUGUAGCUUCUCACCUGCGGGGGUGGGAGAUUUUGGGCCUCGGCUUGAGCGACGACGAGCUACCAGCGUUUGUCAAAGAAGCUGCCACGAGGAGAGUCGAACAAAUCCGGCAAAUAUUCCAAGAAGAUGAAGAUUCCUUGGAGCAAGGGAGUCAUAUCAACGUGGAGAUGCUUGAGUCCGCUUUUCCUUGGCGCGACUUCGUCGUCCGCGUCCUGAAAUGGGCGAGCCUCUACAAUGUCAAACUUGACAAUGAGGUUGACAGCCUCGGCGGUGUCCCGGCCAUUCAAGACAGUCUCAAGCAGUACUUGGAAACGGCUGACAUCCGAUCUCCCGGAAAGCGUAACCAGACAGCAUCGCCGAGCCAACGCGCAUCCACCGCUAAAGCAGAGACCCAAAGCCAACACGUUCCCAAGACAGCAGCUGGUGUCUUCAAGGUCGUGAAGAGGCGGUUGGCCCGUCUUUCAGGCCAAAAGAUUGACGUGGCAGAAGAUUCAGGGGAAGUGGGCACACAGAGCCAUGUAGCCCCCCAAGUCGCUGAGGACGAGUAUCAGCCGCCGGUCGUGGAGGAUGAGGAAGACGAAGAUGAUCCCAGGACGGUUGUCAAUAUACCGACAGAGCAGAGUGCGAUGCAAGAAGAUCUGGAGAGAUUACGACAACGUGAAAGACAGAAUAAGGAGAAUAUGCAGAGAUUGGCCACAGAGUCUGGCACCCCUGCUCGCAAGUCUUUCUACGACAGACAGUCAGGUGCAACACGGGUUUCUUUCGACGAGCCAGAAGUGUCGUCCAGCAGAAACCACGGGAAAAGAUGGCGCGCUGAGACGGAGUCCGAUGAAGAAGAGGAAUACGAGACGCGAGUUUCGAACAAGAAGCGGAAAGCACCCGUCGAGAAAAAGGCACAAUAUGCUCCAUCUUCGGCGCCCGCACGAGGUCCAGUCAACCUUUCCUCUGCAGGCUCGACCCGCGUUCAACCUCGACCGCAGGAAGAAAGUGACGAUGAUGAUGGCGAGGAUGAUGGCGACGAUGCGGCUAGGCAACUGAAGGCUAUAAACCGACAGGCUAGGGCUAUUAAUAGCACACUUGGCACUCGUACCGCCAGGGGGCGCACGAGAUGGUCCGAUGAGGAGGUUAAUGUCUUGAUGAGACUCAUUGCGGAAUUCGGCCACAUGUCGCAACCAUGGGUUCGGAUCAAGAAAGCAGACGCUGCCGGAGACAACGUGCUGUGGCGCAGAACCAAUACGGACCUGAAGGACAAAGCCAUUAACAUACUUUACAGUUAUAGGCUGGCCGGGCAACCUUUGCCGAAAGGCUUUGAGUACUUUAAGUUGCCGGCUAAUCUCGAAAAGAAGGUAAAUGACCGUCGCGGUAUCUAG